AGCCGUAGACAUCAGAGGAUGAAGCAGAAUCUUCUAAGCAGCCUACAAAGACAGACAGAGAGAGGGAUACAGAGGAACCUGAAGCAUCCUUACCUUCCUGCACAUUCCCUUCCUUCCAACAGACAAUGGUGACCUCCUUGAAGCUCUGGCCAAUGAUGGUAGCCAUCACAAUCUGCGUCUUAAUAUGCCUAGGAACGAUAGUAGAGGGAUAUCCACCCAAACCGGAAAACCCUGGAGAGGACGCUUCACCAGAAGAAAUGACCAAAUAUUUGACAGCCCUGCGGCAUUACAUCAACCUGGUGACACGGCAGAGGUAUGGAAAGAGAGACAGUCCCGCUGACAACCUGCUUUCUGAUCUUCUGUAUGGUGACAACGGAAACUACAAUAGCAGAUCACGGUACGACGACUCCUACUAUAAAUGGUGACCCUUGGAGCCCUCCCCUCCCUCUGCUCCCCAGGUGACCGCUAUCCCGCCUUCCCUUCUUUUUAAACGUAUAUUAUUUUUACGCCAUUUUGCAUUCUGACUGGUUCCUGUAUCUCGUCUCUCCACCCAACAGAGUGCAGAGUGGUCCGCAACACCCUCCCCGGGGUGUGUGUGCAGAGCACGCAUGUGCGUGUCGUGUGUGUGCGCCAUUUCUUCCAGAGCUGUCUCUCCCAUAACACACAAUCCGUAAUGUCUGACUGAGAAAUUUACCAUGUCCAGAUAAUAAAAGCAAGUUUAAUGGAAGUGACACAGUC